CCGGAUUUUCUGUAUUUUAUACAACUACUCUACGCGCCCCCAUCGUAAUGUGUGUUCUGUUUUUAUGGUUUGAAUUGUAAUUGUGUAGUUUUAACUGAAUCUCACGUCCCAUAGUUCCGUGUUGCAUCUUCGCUACUACUUCCUCUUGUCUUUGCGCAUGCUCACAUCGUAGUAGAAUGCGGAUUUCGAAGCUAACGAGAAUAGCUAGCUGGUAAGCUAAAAACAAUCUUCUCGUUGUGAGGCUUUAGACGUGGAAAAUGUCUAAAACGCACGCACAGUCGCCGUCGUCUUCGGCAGCGACGACCACCGGGGCUAUCUCUUCGUCCUCUUCGUCUUCGCCCGCAGGGGGGUCGACGUCUCCCGCUACCGUGUUGAACGUACAGCCCGAGAAACCUCAACAUUACACAUAUCUGAAGGAGUUCAGGACGGAGCAGUGUCCCCUUUUUGUACAACACAAAUGUACACAACACAGACCUUUCUCCUGUUUCCACUGGCACUUCCUGAACCAGCGGCGCCGCAGGCCCAUCCGCAGACGGGACGGCACCUUCAACUACAGCCCAGAUGUUUACUGUACCAAAUAUGAUGAGGGAUCAGGCACGUGCCCCGAAGGAGAUGAAUGUCCAUUCCUACAUCGAACAGCAGGUGACACAGAGCGUAGGUACCACCUCCGCUACUACAAGACUGGCUCUUGUAUCCAUGAAACGGAUGCAAAAGGCCACUGCAGCAAAAACGGCUCCCACUGUGCCUUCGCUCACGGAUCGCAUGACCUGCGCAGCCCGGUUUAUGACAUCAGGGAAGUGCAGGUAAUGGAGACUCAAGGAGGCAUGGGGGCCACGGAGGGAGGAGGAGGCGGAGGAGGAGGAGGAGGAGGAGGGGGAGACGGACAGUCAGGACAGGCAGCCAGUACAGCACUGAUAGAGAAGAUCCUGAGUGAGGAACCACGCUGGCAAGACAACAACUAUGUGCUGUCCCACUACAAGACAGAGCUCUGUAAGAAGCCUCCUCGUCUGUGUCGUCAAGGUUACGCCUGUCCCUAUUACCAUAACAGUAAAGACCGAAGGCGCAGCCCGCACAAGCACAAAUACAGAGCGUUGCCAUGUCCUGCAGUGAAACAAAGUGAAGAGUGGGGAGAUCCUAGUAAAUGUGAGGGAGCAGAGGGAUGUCAGUACUGCCACACAAGGACAGAACAACAGUUCCACCCCGAGAUCUAUAAAUCCACCAAGUGUAAUGACAUGCAACAAUGCGGCAGUUGUCCUCGAGGGCCCUUCUGUGCCUUUGCUCAUAUUGAAAAGCCCUUCGUUUCUGAAGAACCAUCGUUCCCCAACCCCAGCUCCCCUCCACCCCCGAGACCUCCCGACCCUCUUCCCGUCCAGGAGGCUUCUUCUAGUCCCAGCAGUCACAACAUGGGGCCCGGGCUUUGUUCUGUGCCAGACCCCUUCUCACCCUCUGCAGGGUCAUGUGUAGCAGAGCAGGGAUUACUAGGUAGCGUUUUAUCUCUGUGUGAGGACAUGAGCGGAGGAGCGGAGCCUCUGUCUCCCUGGGCCGGAGAGGGAGGUUACGGCAGAGCACCUGGAUUUGAGCGAGAAGAUCAGGCCAAACAAAGGAGUUUUGCUCUCGAGCAUCGGGGCAGAGAGAUGGCAUCGUCACAAAUAAAACAGGACUUGCUGGUGUUUUUGCCCGUUGGCAGCCCUUUGAGUCUGUCCUCCAGCAUCCCUUCCAGCCUGGCUGCAACACCACCCAGCCCCGCCCCUCUGGGACCUCCAGGAUCUAGCAUCUCUUCAGGCAUGAACGCUAACGCUCUGCCCUUUUACCCCACAAGUGAGACCGUGGAGUCAGUUGUAGAGUCGGCCCUGGAUGAUCUUGACCUGAAUGAUUUUGGUGUAUCUGCGUUGGAGAGAAGCUUAGAGAGCAGCUCUGCUCUCCCCAGCGUGGGAGUUAUGCUGGGAGGCAGCCAGCUCCAGAGUUCUGCCCCAGUCAACAUCCCAGGAUCUUUUAGCAGCUCUGCUCCUUUCAGUUCCCCGUCACCGUCUCCCCCAGUCAGACCGCACACUUCACCGUUCUUCUCCACUCAUUUGUCGCAACCCAGCCAAUCAGAGAGCGCCUUCCUGGGACCAUCUCAUAGCUCAUUAGGUUUGAAUGGAAUGAGCUCUAAUAUUUGGGAGCACUUCCCGUCGGGCCAGGGUUCCCCUGGCACCCCCCCCACCCUGUUGCCUUCAGGCCCCUGUGCUGAGACGUCGAGGCUCAAACAGGAGCUGGAGGAAGCUCACAGGACGCUGAAGCAGUGGGGUCACAGCUGGAGGCACACAGCUCAGUCGUGGGCUGCUCUUAAGGCCGACGCGGAGGAGUCUCGCGCCCACGCGGCGCGGUUAGCCAUGGAGGCAGAGAGAGCCAAGCAGGCUGAAGAGGAGGCGCAGAGGCAGGCGUCUCUCCUGCAGGAGGCGCUGGAGAACUUAAGGAGCGGAGACAAUCCCCAUCUUGCGCUGCACCAACUCCAGCUACUACACAGGCUGCCUUUGGAGUCGGUUCUCAGUUUACAGGCUCAGCUCUGCACCUGCUUACACGCUGUGGAACAGGUGGUAUACAAGAAACAGAGACAGUGCUGCGUGACGUGCGGGGAGCAGGGCUCAGUGUCCCUGCCCUGCGGCCACGGACUACAGUGUGAGAGCUGCUCGUCCUCCACAGAGUGUCCCCUCUGUCCCGAACAGACCCUGGAGCAGCAGCAGCAGCAGCAGCAGCAGCAGCAGCAGCAGCAGCUCUCUUGACCUCGCACCUGAGUCGCACCAACGACCAGUCAGUCCUGAUUCCACAGAUGCCAGCUUCUGGAUCCAGACCAGAUUCAAACGUAACUCAAAUGUUCACUUUGUAUCAUGGUAACAACACAACGAGCUCUGAUCUGGUUGGGUACUUUUUUUUUUUUUUUAAGAUGAGGUUAACUGAUAAAUGACCAGUUUAGCGAGCACUUAGUCAAAGCUCUUAAUGUGGAAUCGGUAACAGUUUAGGAGGAAUAGUGUUUCCAGUGUUACAUCGUACACCAGUACAUUUAGCUUUUUAUUGCUUUCGACCAGCAGCACUGUUCUUUACCUCUGCUCUUGUUGUUGUGAAAAUAACUUAAAGACCUGCUGUAAUUUUCCAUCUGAAUGCAGCUAUGGAACAAUCACAAGUAGUCUUAAGUGGAGUGUCACGCAUCCGUUUGGACAGAUCAAGGUUAAAAACAUCUUUAAAUUUAAGUAAAGUACAGUGGGUAUAUAUAUUUAUAAAAAAAAAAUCUAAAAAGAUAGAUCAUAACAGGACAUUUGUACUUCUAUUUUAAAAUCACAUGUAACCACACUGAAAACCAGAGAACAAGAUAUUUUUUUAAAAAAAGUAGAAUUGCAUAAGUGUGUACAGCACUGAACUAAUACUUAGUUGAAAGGUCGUUCAUCUUGACCUGGGAAUGUUUUCCUGCUCUUCUCUGAGAAAAUGUUUCAGGUCGGUCUAAUUAUGAGGUCACUGAUUGUCACUCUGAAACUUAAAAGUCUCUCAUUGCUGAGGUCAUUUUAUUUUACUCAUUUGCUUGUCCGAUUUCUUUUUUUCAGAGAUUAGACGAAUAACUCGAUUCUGAACACAUCCUCAUAAUCACGUAUGAAAGGUCGUACACUCUUAUGCAAUUAUAGUUUAAAUCUUCUCUCUCUGAAAUGUGUAACAUUGGUUUUCAGCAGCACUGUAGAGGUGAUUUUUUUUACAAUACGUGUACAAAAGCUCUGUUACGACUUAUCUGCUGUGUGUCAGCAAGUAUCUAAAAACUGUCUAGAUGGAUGAAUAACAGGCAGGUGAGCAUUUGAGGUUUUAUUGUUGAUGGCGUUGAGCCAUCUUAACAAAAAUCUACAGGUGUGACUGAAAACACUUAAAGGGCAUACGACGUUCCAUCCACACAACGAUCCCCACGUUGCUACAGGCAGCGGGAGGCCGUCACUGGUAGCACUUAUCUAGACAAUAAUGAAUUUGUUCGAUUUUUUAUUUUUUUUUUUCCACAGUUUUCUUUCAGUAAAGGAAAACGAAAAUGGUUCAUUUCUGUUGAGCAGCAACAGAAAUAUUUUAAGAAAAGAGUUAGUUAUAUUUGUAAUGUACAACAGACGGCCUCUGUUUAAAACACUCAGGUUUGCUCGAAUAUUCUUCUACGUAAAACUGGAAGAGGGAAGCACGUCAACACAGUCGAGGCAAAUGUACUAAGUCAACUUGUGUAGUCUUUGAAAUUUCAUUUUUUUUUUAAUCGUUUUUCAUGUUAGCUCGAACAUACAUAUUUUUGCGACUCUUUUUGCAAUUGUUAAUUAAAAUCAAUGUGCGACAGGUUUCUCUGCCAAAAUUUUUACAUUUGUAGUAAUCUUUGACAUUGACGGUGUGUCAAAUGUAGUCUGAUAUAUAUAUAAAUAUAUAUAUGUAUACACACAUGGUUAAGUGAUGCCGUACUUAUCUCUUGCACUGAUUAGACAAAGCAUCAGGAAGCAUACGGAUAUGUGAAGCUGUGUGAGGUUUGAAUGCAGGUGUGGAAGUGGUCACGAUCACUGUGAUGGUCUUUGGUAAACCCAUUCUCGGCAUACUGUCCACACACAACUCAUGCAACACCAGUGUUUCCUUCUGAGUGGAUUUUUUUUUCUUUGUUUUUGGUACAGAUCAUUAAAACAAAUUGUAUAUUUUUGGAGGAA